CGGCUGCUGGCAGAGGCUUUGCAACAACAUCUGGCAGCCCCAGGCUGGCCAGCCCGAUGGCGCUCAGGGCCGAGCCCCCCGAUGGGGGCUGGGGCUGGAUGGUGGUGCUGUCGGCGUUCUUCCAGUCGGCGCUGGUGUUCGGGGUGCUCCGCUCCUUCGGGGUCUUCUUCGUGGAGUUCGUGGCGGCGUUUGAGGAGCAGGCGGCGCGCGUCUCCUGGAUCGCCUCCAUUGGCAUCGCCGUGCAGCAGUUCGGCAGUCCAGUAGGCAGUGCCCUGAGCACCAAGUUGGGGCCUCGGCCGGUGGUGAUGACUGGGGGCGUCCUGGCUGCUUUGGGGAUGCUGCUGGCUUCCUUUGCUACCUCUUUAACCCACCUGUACCUGAGCAUCGGGCUGCUCUCAGGCUCUGGCUGGGCCUUGAGCUUCACUCCGACCCUGGCCUGCCUGUCCCGUUACUUCUCUCGCCGACGAUCCCUGGCCACAGGGCUGGCCCUGACCGGUGUGGGCCUCUCCUCGUUUGCUUUUGCCCCCCUUUUCCAGUGGCUGGUCAGCUACUACGCCUGGCGGGGGGCCCUGCUGCUGGUGUCCGCCCUGUCCUUUCACCUGGUGGCCUGUGGAGCUCUCCUGCGACCCCUGUCCCUGGCUGAGGACCCUGCCGUGGGCGGCCCUGGAGCCCAGCUCACCUCGCUUCUCCAUGAAGGCCCCUUCCUGCGGUACACGGUGGCCCUCACCCUGAUCAACACUGGCUACUUCAUCCCCUAUGUCCAUCUGGUAGCUCACCUGCAGGACCUAGGCUGGGACCUACUGCCUGCUGCCUUCCUGCUGUCAGUGGCUGCCAUCGCUGACCUUGUGGGGCGCGUGGCUUCGGGGUGGCUGGGAGAUGCAGUCCCGGGACCCGUGGCACGACUUCUCAUGCUUUGGAGUACCCUCACUGGGGUGUCCCUGGCCCUGUUCCCUGUGGCCCGGGCCUCCACGGCCCUCGUCAUCCUGGCCGUGGCUUAUGGCUUCACCUCAGGGGCUCUGACCCCCGUGGCCUUCUCCGUGCUGCCUGAACUGGUGGGGACUGCAAGGAUUUACUGUGGCCUGGGACUGGUGCAGAUGGUAGAGAGCAUCGGGGGGCUGCUGGGGGCUCCUCUGUCAGGCUACCUCCGAGAUGUGACUGGCAACUACACGGCUUCUUUUGUGGUGGCCGGGGCCUUCCUGCUGGCAGGGAGCUCGGUUCUCCUCACCCUGCCUCGCUUCUUCCCCUGCUCCCCAGCAGCCACCUCUGGGUCCCCCCAGACCCCAGUCACAGAGGCCCUGGACAGCAAAGGCCCCCUUCCUGAGGAGGAGGGACCGGGAGAUGCCUGAGCUCGGCAAAGAGGCUGACAGGUCCAGAAAGCCUGCCCCGGGUGACCGGCCAACUCCUGCUCAGUCUGCACAGCCACACAGCCAUAGUGCCUUCAUCUUCCAGAGCCGCCCCCACCCGGGCAAGCCCCCGACUCCUGCCAGGUGUGUGAGACCCCG